UUAUUCUUCUUAUUAUUUUUUUUUGAAUUAUUACAUAUAAUAGAGAAUUGAUUAUUUUAGGAGUUACUUGUGUCCAUCAAAUUCCUUAUUGGUUUAGCUCCCUUGUUUGAGAAAUACUUGACAAUAUUUCAAGAUGAAGGACCACUUGUUCAUAUUUUAUUUUAUAAAAUGAAAAAUCUUUUAAUAUCUUUAAUGAAACGUUUCCUUCAACCGACUGCUGUUAAUAGAAAGCUUACUAAAGAUCUUUUAAAAAUUGAUUCUUCUGAUUCAACUAUCCACCUUGAUUUGAAUAAAAUGGACUUUGGCGAGGAGGCUAAAAACCAGGUGAACAAAAUAUCAUGUGAAAAAAAAAGAUUUGUCUGCUUACAGAAAAUGAGAGAUGGAUAUAUAUCUGUUGUAAAACACUUGCAAAAAAAACUUCCACUUGAUUCGCAGAUAUUAAAAGAUAUGACUUGUUUGGGUGCUCAAAUGAGAUCAGAACCUUGGACUGUUAAUGCAAUUGGGCGAAUAGCAGUUACGAUGCCACAUGUAAUUACGGAAAGGGAGGUAUCAUUUGUGAAAGAUGAAUGGAAAUUAUACCAAGCAGCUAAUAUAUCAAAAGACUGGUAUAUAGAUUUUGACACAAAAAAACUAAAAAGAGUAGACCAUUAUUGGGCUAAAGUUUUUGAAAGUAACAAUGAAUAUGGAAAAACAAAGUAUGGGUUUCUCAGUAAAGUUGUUAAGAGCUGUUUAACAAUUCAGAAUGGAAAUGCCAGUGCUGAGCAAAGUUUAUCUGAUAACAAAAAUACAUUAACUCCUGAGAGAGUAAAUCUAAAUGAUGAAACAUUAAUGGCUUUAAGAAUAUCAAAAGAAUAUGCAAGAAGUUGCAGAGGAGCAUAUAAUGUUGAUGCACUCUCCAAAGACUUUGUUCAAGCUGUUCAAAAUGCUCAUAAAAUAUAUAAAAAAAGAAAAGCUGAAGAAGACGAAGAAAAAAGAAAAAAUUAUAUUCAUGAGCAAGAACUAAUGAAUAAAGAAAAAGAGCAAAAAGAAAUGCUUUAAGAUGUUUUUUGUCUACAAAUGUUUUUUUUAUUGCUUGCUUAAGAAAAUCUUUUACAGUCAAGAAAAAUUUGGAACCUGCAACUCCUUAUGGUUCUUGAGACAAUCAGGAUUCAAUCUUCUUAUUUAUGCUGACUCAGCGUUUUUUGUAAAAUAUUUUUUUGUUAUUUAAAUAGCAAUAUUUUAUGAACCAAAUAAUGUAUCCUCCUGAAAUUUUGCUCAUUACAAUCUUCCACAUGGCAGACAUAUUUUAAAUCACAAAUUUUUUUGACCUCCUUAAUUACAUGUAAAUUAGAUAAUAAAGGAAUAUAUUUUCGAAUAUUUUGACGGUCAAAAUGGUGAUGUCACCUUUAUAAUUUUUUUGAGGCAUUGUUAUAACUUACAAUU